CCGGAAGUGACGCGGGUGCGUGAACCGGAUGACGUGGGUUUGGUUGUUGCUCUCACCAGAGGGUUUUCCUUAUUCGCGUUGUUUUAUAACCUUUCCGUUUCACGCCGUUUCGUGACAAUUUAGGGAAACCGCUCCGGUGUCACCGAACGAAAACACAACGAAACUUUUUGUAUUAAAGAGCCAGAAGCUCCCGUUGUUUAAUGGUUUAAACGCACAGCAGCUGAUCAGAUAUGGCGAACAGAAGCUGAAGGGAGCCGAUUUCAUCGAGGGUUUCCUUUUAGUUUGCCUGUCCUUCCUCCGAUACUCGGUUUGUUUUAACAGCAGGGCUGGUUCGGGCUGAUUUAGAGACCGUAUUUGCGGGCACAGAGGCUGCCUGAGGUCAGUGUUUGUCGACUGGUAAGUGGUAGCUAUUGCUAUUGGCUAAGUAAGCGAGCUGUGGACAGUUAGGGAUCAUGGAUUUCGACAGCGUGCUAUCCAUCGCCUCCCAAAACCAAGGCCUCAGCAGCCUACCGAAGCGGUAUAGCCUGAAAACCGGUCCGCCCAAAAAAGAUGUCAGGGUCAAGGGAGUAAAUUCGUCUGCGGUGCAAGCCUUUCUGAAAAAACAGGCUGUGGAGCAAAAGAAAAAAGAACUACAGAGUAAGAAAGCAAAAGAGGGCUUGCUGGCCAAAAGAGUGGAGCUGAAAUCCGAUAGGAAGGCAAGAGCAAUGGCUUCCCGAACUAAGGACAAUUUCAGAGGUUACAACGGCGUCCCUGUCAUAGACCAGCCCAAAAAAAGGCGGUCGAAGGGGGAGAGAUCGGAAGAUCAGGAAACAUCAAACGCAUAUGAUGAUGAUGAUGAUGAUUGUGAUAAUUAUGACUAUGAGGGAACAGAUUCUGAAUCUGAAGAACAAAGCAUGCCUGUUAAGCCUCCAUCUCGACCCGAGUCCUUCAGCAAAGUUGACAACAAACCAAAAAAACUCAGUGCUCCAGCAAGGCCCCCUUCGUCAUCAAUGAACUUUGCAGACCUUUUGAAACUUGCAGAAAAGAAGCAGUUUGAACCAGUUGAAAUGAAAGUAGUGAAGAAAACAGAGGAAAGGCUCAGAACAGCCGAGGAGAUUCGAGAACUUGAAAUGGAGCGCAGAGUCAAGAAUCAGGAUAGAGGGAAAGAUGCCAAACCAGACAAGGACUCAGGACAAAAAGAAAUUCGAGCCCAAUCCAGCUCAAAUUUACAAAGGAGGAAUGUAGACAGAGAUGGCAAAAUUGGGAAAUUGCCCAAGCCAUCAGGAGAAAAGUACAUGUCAAGUAGUACCAGCAAAAAGCCAAAGCUUCAAGCAUCCAAUGAAAGAAUUCCAAGUUCUGCCAAACCACAUGGAGACAGAAACUCAGGCUCCUCAGGUGCCUUAAACAAUAAAGCUGCCAUGAAGAACGGUGCUUCGUUUCAAAUGAAGCCAGCACCAUCCAGACCCUCACAAGGCCAAAGGCCCACAACCUCAAGUGACCUUACCCCAAAGAAGGGGAAUACCUCAGUACCUCAAGGGAAAUCAAGUAUUUUGGGAAGUCGUUCUGGAGUUGCUCCUGGUGCAGCUAGACCAGGUCAAGGACCACACAAAAACUCUGGGCAAGUUAGAUCUAGUAACUCUGAAAGAGGUGGGCAUCCUCAGAAACCUGCUAAACCAGGACAUUUAUCACGGCCUGGGAGCAACGGACAGGGACGACCCUCUUCUGGUGACCCUUCAAAGCAACCAAGACCAGGUGGCAGUUUGCAAGGUCAGCAGGUUCCUGGAAGCUCCAAGGCUUCCAUAAAUGGACCAAGCAGGAUGGGAGGUAAUGUUUCUGGGAGAUUGGUAAACGGCAUGGGCUCUGGCCCUGGAAGACCUCAGUGCACUGUUGUUUCAGAGACCAUUUCAUCAAAGAACUUUACACAGAGACCUGGGAUGGUUCCAAGACCUGGGAUGGUUCCAAGACCUGGAAUGGUUCCAAGACCUCCAGAAUCUCAAGGCCCCAGGACAGUGAUUGGCCCCUCAGGCCACAGAGUCUUGGUUAGGCCUCCUGGACCAGCCUUGCCCCCCAUAACAUCCAGUUAUAAACGAAAGCACGAGGAUGAGGAGGAGUACGACUCUGAGAUGGACGACUUCAUCGACGAUGAAGGAGAAGAACAGGAUGAAAUUUCAAAACAUAUCAGGGAAAUCUUUGGCUAUGACAGGAACAGAUAUAAAGACGAAAGCGACUAUGCACUGAAGUUUAUGGAGAGCAGCUGGAAAGAGCAGCAGAAAGAGGAAGCGAGGAGCCUGCGAAUGGCAGUGCUUGAGGACCAGGAGGAGGAAAGACGAGAACUUGAGGAGAUGAGGCGGAAGAACGCCACGAAGAGAAAAUGAUUGUGAUCAUUGUGUUUCCGACAGACUGAAAUAAAAUGCUUCUCUCCCUUUACGCAGAGGACCGGUGAAAAUGACGUUCCUUAAUGACACCUCUUUUUUGUUUCUGUCUCAGCUUACGCCUGGGCAUCAAGGAGGAUGAAGAGGAAAUGCGUUUGGAAGAGGAGGAGAUGAAAAGAAAACUAGCAAUGAAAGCAAAGCGGAAAAAGAUUUAGUUUACCUUACUCGACUUUGAUCUCGUCUUAUUUGGUUGGGAGAAACCGAGUGGAAUGGAAACGCCUUCCUGACAUUGUUACAUUAUUUAUUUGAAUGCCCAAGCCAUGGGAGCAGGUUUGCACUAUCAAGAGCCCAUCUGACUUAGCUGAGCUUCGGAGAAAAUAAUAUAUAAAAUGAAUAUCUGAGAAUCACGAUAGCAUUUUUUUGUAUCUGUAGAGAUCAUGAAAGUAUAUCUAUGUGGAUGCCUUACUCAAGCACCAAGUUCCAGAUUGGUCCUGAUUUAGGGAGAGUUAUUUUAUAACUUGUGAUAUUUAAUUGGUGAAAAAGACAGAAGACUGCCAUUUUUCCAAUGUAUUUUUUGUUAAAGUGAUUUGACAGA